AUGAAUAUUUUCAAAAAUUUUACGAAAUUUUUGUCACCUAAACCAAAAAAAUAUUGUAGUAUUCCAGGAUGUACAAAGCCCGCUUAUAUUGAUGAAAAAGGCUAUGUAUAUCCGAACUGUGGACAAACUUGUGGCAAUGUCAUCAUUAAAAAUUCCAAAACACACAUAACUUCGAAAUUAAACAAACUCUUCCCAUCUAUAAGAGUUCUUUCUGAAGAAGAUUCAAAUUAUAAGAAAAUACAAAACGAAUUUCUUAAAUCGAUAGUUUACAUCAAAAUUGUAGCUAUUAUUCGUAUUAAACCAAUACAGGAAAAGCGCAUUAAACGUUCAAAAUUGAGGCGUGAAAUGGCUAAAUUCAUUGACAAAGACCCCAAAAGAAUCAAACGUAGAUUGUAUUAUGGAACUCGUGCAAGCUGUGAUCCAAAAAAAGUUUUAAAAAAUAAGAAGGCAUGUUCAGAUCAGAGAUGUGAAAUGUGUAGCAUCAUUAAAUAUGGAACUAAAGAUAAACUUUUACGCCGUGGAAAAAUGACGUUUACUCGAAGACCAUCAAUUGCGGCAACUUUUGCAUAUAAUCUAAAGAACCCACGAGAACAUUCGAGUACUACAUUUAUUAUUGAUAUUUUGACGACUAACGAUACAACUUCCGAUGUUAUAACCGUUGAACGGGAUGCGAUGACGAUUCCACGAUACCUUAUUCUAUAUGAUCAUAUUUGA